CGGGACUUCCAGCUCCUCCCGCCCCCUCUCCAUCCAGACUCUCCCUCCCCCUCCUACCCCGACACUGGGCCCCGUCUGCGCUGGGUUGCCUUCGUCGCUUAGCGUAGUGUCGGCCUGGCCCGGCCCGGCCAGAGGGCAGAUGCCCGGAGCUGCCACCGGCGCCGCCGCCGACUCGGCCGGUGGCGGUGUGGGAGACGGGCGUCCGACCCUGGGCCGCUGAGUGUGACGGACGGGGCCGGGGGCCGCCUGGCGCCGCGGCGUCUGAGGCUCCGCGCGGACCAUGUAUUUCCUGAGCGGCUGGCCCAAGAGGCUGCUCUGCCCUUUGGGGAGCCCGGCCGAGGCGCCUUUCCACGUUCAGUCCGACCCCCAGAGGACUUUCUUCGCCGUACUGGCCCCAGCUCGCCUCAGCAUCUGGUACAGUCGGCCCAGUGUAUUAAUUGUAACCUACAAGGAACCUGCAAAAUCGUCUUCUCAGUUUGGGUCCUACAAGCAAGCUGAAUGGAGGCCAGAUAGUACCAUGAUAGCUGUGUCAACGGCAAAUGGCUACAUCUUGUUUUUUCACAUAACAUCUACAAGAGGGGACAAGUACCUUUAUGAACCAGUGUAUCCCAAAGGAAGCCCACAAAUGAAAGGUACACCCCAUUUUAAGGAAGAACAGUGUGCUCCAGCAUUAAAUUUAGAGAUGAGGAAAAUACUGGAUUUGCAAGCACCCAUCAUGAGUUUGCAGUCUGUGCUGGAAGAUCUCCUGGUUGCUACUUCUGAUGGACUUCUUCAUCUUAUUCACUGGGAAGGAAUGACAAAUGGGAGGAAAGCUAUUAAUCUUUGUACAGUACCCUUUUCAGUAGACCUGCAGUCAUCCAGAGCAGGUUCAUUCCUGGGUUUUGCAGAUGUGCACAUUAGAGACAUGGAAUACUGUGCCACACUUGAUGGAUUUGCUGUUGUGUUUAAUGAUGGUAAAGUUGGAUUUAUUACACCAGUGUCAAGUAGAUUUACUGCAGAGCAGCUUCAUGGAGUUUGGCCACAAGAUGUUGUUGAUGGAACUUGUGUAGCAGUAAAUAACAAGUAUCGACUGAUGGCAUUUGGUUGUGCGAGUGGUUCUGUACAGGUUUAUACAAUAGAUAACACCACUGGAGCCAUGCAGCUGUCUCAUAAACUAGAGUUAACAGCAAAACAGUAUCCUGACAUUUGGAACAAAACAGGAGCUGUUAAGUUGGUCAGAUGGUCUCCUGACAAUAGUGUUGUGGUAGUGACCUGGGAAUAUGGAGGCCUUUCUUUAUGGAGUGUAUUUGGAGCCCAGCUGAUUUGUACACUUGGAGGAGAUUUUGCUUAUAGGUCAGAUGGUACCAAAAAAGAUCCCCUUAAAAUCAACUCCAUGAGCUGGGGUGCUGAAGGCUAUCACCUCUGGGUAAUCAGUGGAUUUGGUUCUCAAAAUACUGAAAAUGAGUCUGACUCCAAGAGUAUAGUUAAACAGCCUGGUAUUCUACUGUUUCAGUUUAUCAAGAGUGCACUCACUGUAAACCCUUGUAUGAGUAACCAAGAGCAAGUGUUGCUUCAGGGGGAGGAUCGAUUAUACUUGAACUGUGGAGAGGCCUCACAGAGCCAGAAUCCCAGGAGUUCUUCAGCUCACUCUGAUCACAAAACCCGUCGGGAAAAGAGCCCCUUUGCAGAUAGCAGUUUAGAGUCUCAGAGUUUAAGCACUUUACUUGGUCAUCGGCAUUGGCAUGUAGUACAGAUUUCCAGCACCUAUCUAGAGAGCAAUUGGCCUAUACGGUUUUCAGCUAUUGAUAAACUUGGCCAGAAUAUUGCUGUUGUUGGCAAGUUUGGUUUUGCACAUUACUCUUUACUCACCAAAAAAUGGAAGCUUUUUGGAAACAUUACCCAGGAGCAGAAUAUGAUUGUGACAGGUGGCUUAGCCUGGUGGAAUGAUUUUAUUGUCCUUGCAUGUUAUAACAUAAGUGAUCGUCAAGAAGAGCUCAGAGUGUAUUUGCGAACCUCAAAUCUGGACAAUGCUUUUGCUCAUGUCACCAAAACACAAGCAGAAACAUUACUGCUUAGUGUCUUCCGGGACAUGGUAAUAGUUUUUAGAGCAGACUGUUCAAUAUGCCUUUAUAGUAUUGAAAGAAAAUCUGAUGGUCCAAAUACUGCUGGUAUUCAGGUUCUUCAGGAAGUAUCCAUGUCACGCUACAUUCCUCACCCUUUCCUAGUGGUAUCUGUCACUCUGACAUCAGUGAGUACAGAGAAUGGAAUCACCUUGAAAAUGCCACAGCAGGCUCGUGAUGCAGAGAGCAUUAUGCUAAAUCUGGCAGGACAGCUCAUCAUGAUGCAGAGGGACAGGUCCGGCCCUCAGAUCCGAGAGAAGGACAGCAACCCUAACCAAAGGAAACUUUUGCCAUUCUGUCCUCCUGUUGUACUAGCCCAGUCUGUUGAAAAUGUCUGGACCACGUGUCGCGCAAAUAAACAGAAGCGUCACCUGUUGGAGGCCCUCUGGCUGAGCUGUGGUGGUGCCGGGAUGAAAGUCUGGCUCCCUCUUUUCCCCAGGGAUCACCGCAAGCCCCAUUCCUUCUUGUCCCAGCGGAUCAUGCUACCUUUUCACAUAAAUAUCUACCCCCUGGCUGUUCUGUUUGAAGAUGCAUUAGUCCUUGGUGCUGUCAACGACACUCUGCUCUACGAUUCUCUGUAUUCUCGGAACAGUGCUAGGGAACAGCUGGAGGUGCUCUUCCCUUUCUGUGUCGUGGAGAGAACCUCUCAGAUCUACCUCCAUCACAUUUUGCGUCAGCUGCUGGUGAGGAACCUCGGGGAGCAAGCUCUGCUCUUAGCCCAGUCCUGUGCCGCGCUGCCUUACUUUCCCCACGUGCUGGAGCUCAUGCUCCAUGAAGUGCUGGAAGAAGAAGCUACCUCACGGGAGCCCAUUCCCGACCCUCUGCUUCCCACGGUGGCAAAAUUUAUCACCGAGUUCCCCCUCUUCCUGCAGACAGUUGUUCACUGUGCCAGGAAGACUGAGUAUGCCCUGUGGAACUACCUGUUUGCAGCUGUUGGAAACCCCAAGGACUUGUUUGAAGAAUGUUUGAUGGCUCAGGAUUUAGAUACUGCUGCGUCUUACCUUAUUAUCUUACAGAACAUGGAAGUUCCAGCAGUAAGUAGGCAACAUGCCACCCUUCUUUUCAACACAGCCCUGGAACAAGGCAAGUGGGACCUGUGUCGACACAUGAUUCGAUUUCUGAAAGCCAUUGGCUCUGGAGAAUCUGAGACGCCCCCAUCCACACCUACAGCUCAGGAACCCAGUUCAAGUGGUGGUGGAUUCGAGUUCUUCAGGAAUCGAAGCAUCAGUUUAUCCCAGUCAGCUGACAGUGUUCCUGCUAGUAAAUUCAGCUUACAGAAAACACUAAGUAUGCCAUCUGGUCCUUCUGGAAAAAGAUGGAGCAAAGACAGUGACUGUGCUGAGAACAUGUAUAUUGAUAUGAUGCUCUGGAGACACGCUCGGCGUCUCUUAGAAGAAGUUCGGCUAAAGGAUCUCGGCUGCUUUGCAGCCCAGUUGGGCUUUGAACUCAUUAGUUGGCUGUGCAGGGAGCGUACCCGUGCUGCCCGAGUAGACAACUUCGUGUUGGCCCUGAAGAGGCUCCACAAAGAUUUCCUUUGGCCACUUCCCAUCACCCCAGCUGCUUCUGUCAGUUCUCCUUUCAGAAACGGAAAAUACCGAACAGUGGGAGAGCAGCUGUUAAAGUCACAGUCAACUGACCCAUUUUUAAACCUCGAGAUAGAUGCUGGCGUCUCUAACGUCCAACGAAGUCAGAGCUGGCUCAGCAACAUUGGCCCUGCUCAUCAAGAAAUAGACACAGCUUCAUCUCACGGGCCACAGAUGCAAGAUGCCUUCCUGUCACCUUUAUCUAAUAAAGGUGAUGAAUGCAGUAUUGGUUCAGCCACGGACUUGACUGAAAGUAGCUCCAUGGUGGACGGAGACUGGACAAUGGUGGAUGAAAAUUUCUCCACACUCAGUCUAACCCAGUCAGAGCUGGAGCACAUCUCCAUGGAGUUGGCGAGUAAAGGGCCUCACAAAUCCCAGGUCCAGCUUCGGUAUUUGCUGCACAUCUUCAUGGAGGCAGGAUGUCUGGACUGGUGCAUUGUUAUAGGCCUGAUUCUUAGAGAAUCCUCAAUAAUCAACCAGAUUUUGGUUAUUAUACAAUCUUCAGAGGUAGAUGGAGAGAUGUUACAGAACAUAAAGACAGGGCUGCAUGCUGUGGACCGAUGGGCCUCCACAGAUUGUCCUGGAUAUAAGCCAUUUUUAAACAUCAUUAAGCCACACCUGCAGAAGCUUAGUGAGAUAACAGAAGAGCAGGUCCAGCCUGAAGCCUUCCAGCCGAUGACUGUGGGUAAGACUUCUGAACAGACUAGUCCCCGGGCAGAGGAGAACAGGAGCUCCUCGGGCCAUGGAAGCAUCCCCCAGGGCGAGGUCGGAGGCAGCAGUUUGGUCAGCCGGAAAGAAGAGGACACAGCGCGAGCAGAGGAGGAGGAACCUUUUCAAGAUGGGACUUACGACUGUUCUGUGUCCUAACAACAGUGAGUACCAUCACCACGGGCAGUAUUAAUUAGCAUCAGCGUGCAGCUGAGGACACUGUGACCUAGCUGGAAAAUUUAACCAGGGAGAGAACACAGCUCAGAGACUCUGGUAAGGUAUUAUUAAAUUUUAACUUUUUCCUCUACGAAAUCUUGAGUCCAUAAAAAUGUGAUAUCAAAAAAAAUAUCAUCUUUCAUAAAAGUUUUUUUUUAAGCUGCAGUGGAAAGUUGUACAGAAUAUUGUACAGAUGUACAUGCGAACAUUUUGGUUUUCUUAAGGAUUGGUAGCUCUUAAACCACAGGGAUUGUUUUGCCCCAGAUGAGCUUACUUUUUCACUACUUAAAGCUUCCUAUGUUUUCUGGUUCAGCGUGUGUUCCAGACUGCUUUUUAAAAAUAAAUGCUAAGGUGCUUGCUGUAGCUCAUCAAGUACUUGAGCUACCUGUAUGCCCCCUGGAUCAAGAGCACUGGACUCCCUAAUUGGGCCUCUGAAUAGAUGCCUACCCCGGUAUAACAGGUACCUGUAAGAUGCUCCUCUUCUAGCCUGUUAAUCCCGGUCCUCAAUUGAUGGAAGCUAUUUACCUGUGUCAGUGUGCCUGCUUUUUGUCUAGCUUGGUUCCUACUAGGUGAGUGUAGGCAGAGGCCUGAGGAGUUCUUAUCAAUUAUGCUAUUAGAUACCACUAAACUAUUUUGUAUCAAAGAAUCGUAUCUUUUUGUGAAUAAUUUUGUGUAAAUAUACUCAAAGGCACUGUUCCUAUUUUUAGGGCUUGUACUAUAAUUUGUAAGGUUUUAUGCUGGAUUCUGCAUGGCUAUAGAUACUCACUCUUAGAACAAAGACAGGGCUUGCUCUUCUUUCCAGAUAUAAGCACUCUUCAUAGAGGAAGACAGAUUUAUUGGCUUGGUCAUAAGGUAACAGAAAUGGUCACACUGAUCAUGAAAUGAAACAGGUUUUGUGCAAAUUAAUGUAGUUUCUUAUUUAUUGCUUUUGUAAAUUGAAUAAAAAUGAACUCUAUGUAAAUAGA